UUUUCGAUUGUUACAGUUUCUCAUCAUAGAAGUGGAGUUAAAGCUCUCCAAAGCAAUAUAAAUAUUUUGAAAUUUUAAAUCAUUCUUUCUGUGGUGUUCCGUACUUCGUGAAAUAGUUUUUAUCUUUUUCUAUUUUAUCAUAAUGGUUUCUCAACUUUAUUUCAGUUUUUAAAUUUGUGACUGAAGUCGACUUUGUGUGAGUAAAGGCAAGUUUUAAAAAUGUCAUCACCUAAAAACGACAGCAAUUUGGAAUGCAUGUGGCGAGAUUUGAAAGAAGGUAUAGAAAAAAUUUAUUCGAAUAAUAUAUCAAGAUCAGAUUAUUUACGACUUUAUACACUUGUGUACGACUUUUGCACAAACACUACUUACGGAAGUACUCCAUCAAACAAUCAAUUGCACAAAAAACUGACUUUAUUUUUUCGUGGACAUCUUCAUGCUGUUUAUGAAAAAUGCGAAGACUUCAUCGAUGAACCACUUCUUAUGCUUUAUAUGAAACUUUGGCAAGAUUAUCGCUUUUCCAGUAAAGUAUUAAGUGGAGUAUGUGCAUAUUUAAAUAGGCAUUGGGUACGUCGUGAACGAGAAAAAAGCCGAGUAGAUGUGCUUGAAGUUUAUCACCUAGCAUUGGUGUCCUGGAAAGACUAUUUAUUGGAGCCCCUCAAAAGAAGAAUGUCUAGUGCUGUGCUGAAGCUGAUAGAGAGAGAAAGAAAUGGGGAAACAGUUAACACCAGACUAAUUAGUACAGCUCUUAAUUCAUAUAUUGAAAUGGGAAUUAAUUGUGCUGAUCCAUAUUCAGACCAUCCUAGUUUGUACCUUUAUAAAGAAGCUUUUGAAUCGGCUUUCCUUGCUGAAACCGAGUUGUUUUAUGCUACAGAAAGUGCUUCUAUUAUUCGUAAAAAUCCAGUAUCGGAGUUUAUGAAAAAGAUUGAAGUUUGGUUUAUUGAAGAACGGCGACGAGCUCAACUAUAUCUUCAUGAAACUACUCUAGAAGCAUUAAUACGGAUACUAGAAAAUGUUGUUAUUAGUAAAUAUAUGGAAACUUUUCAUGCAGAAUUCAAAACAUUAUUAGCAUAUAACAAAACAGAUGAUUUAAAAAGGAUGUACCAGUUCUUGUCUCGUGUUUCUGGAGGUUUGGAUCAACUCAGAAUUCAGUUUGAAGAAUAUGUUACUACAGAAGGCUUGUUAGCAAUUGAAAAAUAUAAUGAAUCGGAUGUGAAUGAUCCUAAAAUAUAUAUUAAUGCCAUCCUUGAUAUCCAUCAGAGGUUCAAUUGCAUUGUUAUAACAGCUUUCGAAAGUGAAGCAGGCUUUGCUACUGCAUUGGAUAAAGCAUGUGGAAAAUUCAUAAACAAAAAUGCAGUAACUGAAAGUAGUGGGUCAUCCAGCAAAUCUGCUGAACUUCUUGCAAAAUACUGUGAUCUUUUACUUAAAAAGAAACCUAGUGAUUCAGAAGAAAUGGAAAUAGUAGAUAAUUUGAAUCAAGCAAUGAUUAUUUUUAAAUAUAUCGAAGAGAAGGACAUAUUUCAAAGCUUUUAUAGUAAAAUGCUUGCUAAGAGACUUGUUCAGCAAAUGAAUGUGUCUGGUAAUGAUGAUGCUGAAACAAUCAUGAUAUCAAAACUAAGAGAGGCUUGUGGGUUUGAAUACACAGCUAAAUUGCAGAGAAUGUUCCAAGAUGUCUGUGUUAGUCGAGAUUUGAUAGAACAAUUUAAAAAUGAAAGAGGUCCUCUUGAUGUUGACUUCGGCAUCAAUGUUAUCAGCAGCUCUUCUUGGCCAUUUAAUCAGACCCUGACGUUUUCCUUGCCACAAGAACUUGAGCAAAGUGUUCAACAGUUCACAACUUUUUACUGUUCCCGGUUUAAUGGAAGAAAAUUAACCUGGCUACAUGGUAUGUCUAGGGGCGAAUUGGUCUCAAAAUGUUUUGACAAACCAUACACUUUUCAAGCAUCUACUUUUCAAAUGGCUGUUCUUUUACAGUUCAAUACCCAAAGCACACUGUCAUUUAACCAGCUUGAAGAAAGUACAUCAAUACGACAUGAUAUCUUGCUCCAGGUGUUGCAGGCCCUUACUAAGCUCAAACUAUUGAAAGAUGCAGAUGAUAAUUCGAUUACCGAAUCUUCUUCGAUUACACUAAAUGUAGCGUAUCGAAAUAAAAAGCUGAAAGUUAAUAUAAAUGUCCCUAUCAAGUCCGAGAUGAGAUCAGAACAGGAAACUGUUCAUCGGCAUGUUGAAGAAGAUCGUAAAAUUCUUAUACAAGCAGCUAUAGUGAGAAUUGCAAAAAUUCGGAAGGUUGUCAAACAUCAUAUUUUAUUGUCGGAAGUAUUAAAUCAGUUGUCAUCUCGUUUCAAGCCUAAAAUCCCCAUCAUCAAAAAAUGUAUUGACAUAUUGAUUGAAAAGGAGUACUUAAAAAGAGUUGAAAAAGAUUCAUAUUGUUAUGUUGCAUAAGAUAUGGUGGGUUUAACCAAAUAGAGCCAAUGUCCAUUGUGUAAUAUAUGAUUCCAAAAUGUAAAAAUUGUAUUUAGUACCUUUAAUAAUUAUAUGCAUUCACUUCUAUAUGUCAUUCCUCAUCAAGUCGACUACUCAUGAAGUUGCAUUGGUCAUGGAAUCUGUGCAUUAAAUAGUUGUGCAAUACCAUACCAUUAUGUACUGUAAAGCUGCAUUUAUCUUUUAUUUUAGCCAUUUAUUUUUGUUUGACCAAUAUAUUAAUAUCAUUAAGUUAUUUGAAUUUUUGAUUUUCCAAUUAUAAUUAUCUCCACUUUUAUUGAAAGCAUUAAGCAUGAAUUUUUUUUAAUGGUUUCUAGUUUGUAUUUUGGUUAUUGUGACUAUUUACUUGUUUUGCAGUUGAUCCUCACUUUGUUUCAUUUAUGUUCGAAACAAAAUGUCAACACCGUCGGUAUUGAUAUCGAGGAAUUUUAAAAUUAUUGCUGUUUGUACAGUCGGUCUGACUUGAAACAUUCUGCUAAAUAAAGAAUUUACUUUGUAA